AUGGAGAAAGCUAAUUUACCUUGCAUUGAUGUAGUCAAUGUCAAAUCUAUGCCAGACAUUAUGACAGAGUUAGCCAAUGAGCAAUUGGUAUAUUCGAACAGAGUGAAGAAGUUUAAUAGAUUUGACUGGACUCAAGAGAGAAUCAUGAUAAUAACUAACAAGAGAAUACUUAACAUUAAAAAGCAGAAAAUUUAAAGAGCAAUAGCUAUUGAGAAGUUGGUAGGAGUGACCAAGAGUGUUAGUGAACCAACUGGAGAGUUUGUGCUGCACAUCAAGGAUGAAUAUGACUAUAGAAUGAGAUCAGAUUCUAGAGAUUAGAUUAUAGAUAUCAUAAGAAAACUCUAUCAAAUUAAAACUGUGAAGAACCUAGCUUUUUAUGGAGUCAAACCCAAAGCCUUAUCAGAAUUCACAACAAGCAAGAAAGAUCUUAAGAAAGGAUUAAGUAGGAUUCCGCUUGAAAUGGCAAGAAUAAAGGAGGAAAACGAAUCAGAGAUCAAUUUUAAUAUUGGAGAUGAUGAUACAGAGGACUUUAGUAAUUAAAUGGAUGAGAGGACCUCUUCUUACCAUUAGAACUCAAUUCCAAAUUUCUAAAUUGACAAGGAAUGCUCUGAAAUCCUUCAAGGCAGGGAGAAAUCAUCAACUCUCUAUUCAAAGCGCAGAGAUUAGGAGACAAGUCUUGAUGAUUUCACGGUUAAAAAAGUUAUUGGAUAGGGUUCAUUCGGAAAAGUCUUUAUGGUAAUUCAUAACUCAUCUGGAAACAUAUAUGCAAUGAAGAGUAUCAGGAAGGAUGUGGUCAUUGACAGUGAGCAGCUUGAGAAUCUAAGACUUGAAAAACACAUCAUGCUAUGUGUUGAGCAUCCUUUCAUUAUUAGCAUGGAGUAUGUUUUCUAAAGAGACUUCAGAAUCUACUUCCUUAUGGAUUUCAUUAAGGGUGGUGAACUUUACAGAUAAUUGGCUUUAAAUAAGAGAUUAACUGAAUUUCAUGCAAAGUUUUACGCAGCUCAAGUUGCUUUGGCAUUAGGAUAUCUACAUAAAAGCAGGAUUAUAUAUCGUGAUUUAAAGCCAGAGAAUAUUUUGAUUAACAAAGAUGGAUAUAUUAAGCUUGCUGACUUCGGUCUCGCCAAGAUGUUAGGGGAAUAGGUUGCAAACUCAUUCUGCGGCACUCCUGAGUAUCUCUGUAAGCAUUCAUUUUUAAAUAUCUUUUAAGCACCUGAAAUGAUUAAUGGCAGCGGACAUGAUCACUCUCUUGAUUGGUGGACACUAGGUAUUUUGAUCUAUGAGAUGAUAAUCGGUAUCCCACCUUUCUAUAAUCAAAACAAGCAUCAAAUGUACUACCUAAUAGAAAAUGGACCAAUCCGAUGGCCUUCAAUUGACAAGCAUGGCUUUGAAGUCAGUUCGGAGUCUCAAGAUCUAAUUAAUAAGCUACUUGACAAGGAUAAGAGCAAGAGACUUGGAAAAGUGAAUGGAGUAGAUGAUAUCCUAAGCCAUCCUUGGUUCAAGGAACUUGGAAGUAUGGAAGAUCUACUUUAAAAGAAGAUAACUGCUCCAUAUAUUCCAGUAAUAAAGUAAGAAGAUGAUACUAGCAAUUUUGAUGAGAAAUUCUAACAGUUAGAAGUUGUAGAGAGUAUAAUAGAUCAAACUAAGCAGCAACUAAUAGAGUAGCAUAAGGAUGAUUUUGAAACAUUUUGA